AAGAAGAAACUUGGAAUCAAAGUUAAACACUAAGUACAGUCUAUUAAGGAAGAAGCUAAGUUAUACCCCAAAAACAGCAGACAUUAAUGGUAAGAUCUGGUCUGUGACCUCCCUCAAGUAUCAAUGUGAAGCAGAAGAAACCUCAAUAUUCCUUUUUUUUCACAAAGAUUAAGGUUUCUCUCUUCUCUUAAAUUCUCCCAAGAAAUGAAGAACAAGAAGAAGAAGAAGAAGAAGCCAAACACCUCCCAAGAUGUCACCUCUUCCAAACUUUCUGAACUUUAAUCACAUCAGGUCCCCUCCCCAUUUUAACCCUCCCAGGCUCAUUCCUUCUCAUCCAGUAGCUGCCUCAAACUUGUUUUUUUCGAGUUCUAAACACUUUGAAUGCCCCUCCUCUCACUCCCCUCCACUCACUUUGAAUCAGAGUGUGGCAGCCAUAGUGUUCGGAGAUGGGCCACAUUGGGGGCUAUAUCCACUGACUAAGAGAAGAUCAGAAGCUGCACUUCCCAUUGCAGGGAACUAUAGGCUUGUAGAUGCUGUAAUGAGCAACUGCAUUAACAGCAACAUUACCAAGAUAUAUGCACUCACACAGUUCAACUCCACUUCUUUGAAUUCCCACCUUUUAAGAGCUUAUUCCCGUGCCCGGAUCGGGAAAGACGGAUUCGUCGAAGUCGUGGCCGCCUACCAGAGUCCCGAAGGCAAGGGCUGGUUCCAGGUUCAAAAUGUCUCUCAUUUCUUUUCUUUUUGGGCGUUUUGCUUCUGUUGUUCCCUCCCUUUUGAAGCUCUAUAAGCAAAAGCAGCGGCAAAAACUGCUACAAUCCCAACCCUAUUGGAGUAUAGAGUUCGAGAUAUACGCCACCUUACCCCUGUACAAGAAAAAAGUGUUUCCAUUGUUUCAUAGAAAGUAAGUGAAGGAGUCAUUAUGAUUUGGUCCAUUGUUUACCCAAAGCUAAAACAUAGUCACUGAACUUACCCCCGUAAAACCAAAGAGAUUGUUUCUGUAAACCUUAGAUUCAUUGCUGCAUUCCAAAACUCCAAAGAGUAAAAAGCAAGGAAAGUUUAAUGUGUCAUUUUUUUAUUUAGUCCAUUAUGUGCCCAAAUCUAAAACAACGUCAAUGAUGACUCUUUUAGCUCCAUUAGCAACGGAUGGAUAUGCUCUUAUGAUCAUGAAUGGAUAAAUAAGGCAAUGAAAGUUCAUCUCUAAUAUGGUUGGUAUAUGAAAUAUAGGGAACUGCAGAUGCCAUAAGGAGAUGUUUGUGGAUAUUGGAGGAGUAUCCAGUCGUCGAGCUUCUCGUUCUUCCCGGCUACCAUCUAUACAAAAUGGACUACCAAAAACUGAUUGAGGCUCACAGAAAUAGCAAUGCAGAUAUCACUGUUGCUGUCUCCACUAGUACUACACCUAGGGACAGUACUCGAGAUUCAGAUCUUGG